AUGUCGAGAUUCACAGUUGCCAACCUCCCGCGCAUGGAGGUGACGGCGCUGUCGCAAGAGCUGCUCGCGCUCAAGUCCCCCGACAACUCGAUCGCCGUGAUCGACGUCCGCGAUGGAGACCACAUAGGCGGGCACAUCAAGGGCUCCCGCUGGGUACCCUCGCACCAGUUCGAAGAGUGGCUGCCCACCCUCCUGCGCCAGCUCGAGGACACCAAGACAGUCGUCUUCCACUGCGCCCUGUCGAAGCAGCGCGGGCCCAGCGCCGCCCUCCGAUACAUCCGAGAGCGCGAGGAAAAGUUCGGCGAGGACUCUGUCGCUGCGCCCGAGGGCACCGGCGUACCGGGCCAGCAGGCAUCAGCAGCAGCAGCACCACAGGCCGGAGAACAAGAGGGGCAGCAACACGGGGACGGCGCAGCGAAAGCAGUGCCCGUUGCGCAGAAGGUGUGCGUGCUCAGAGGUGGCUUCCAGAGAUGGCAGGAGUCCCACGGCCCCGACGAGCGCCUGACGGAAGCAUACGUCAAGGACCUCUGGGAGGAUUACUAG